UAUACCAACCACCAAACCACAAUUUCCCAAUUCUCUUCCCGAAAUCCGGUGGAACCCUAGCCCAGCCCCCUCCGGCCUACCUCCGGCGACAUUGACUCCCGGCCAUCACCCCGCACACCGGAGACCAGCCGUCCGAGCCUCUACCCUUGCCUUGGUCCUCGCCGCUGGCUUCUGAUGGGAUGUUCUUCUUGCGUUGUCACUUCUGAAGAGAUUUUAUUUUCCUCAGGCAUAUCACUGCCCAGCACUGCUAGUCAGUUCUACUUUGAAUCAUGGAUGGCCCAAGGAGAGAUGAUCAUGAAGGAGUGAAUGUUAUGGGAUUUGAAGUUCCUAGUUCACCGGAUUCAAGCUACAACAACCCCAUCCCUGGAAAUGAAGAUGAAGCUAGGGAGCCACCAGUGGUACCACCUCACCUGCAGCAUUCCUUGCUGAGCUUUGUGCCAAGCCAAGAUGAUUCUAGCAGUCUCCCAUUGCCUCAGCAUGUUAUUCUUAACCACCUCUACAUACAGAACCGAGAGAGCCCUAGAUCUGUCGUAGCUUUGGGCAUCACCCAUCGCUUCCGUUCAAAAUUUGUCACAGUUGUGCUCUACAAGCCAGUCCAGAGAAGAUGAAUUUGAUGAUUGGUCAUUCAUUGUUAUUUUUUGGCUUUUACUAAAUUGCUGAGGAAAGUUGACUGCGCUCUCGGGAUUUGUGGCCAAACUGCAAGUGGAGGAAAUCCAUUGCGAUUUCCCAUUAUUUUAGAAUGGAACAAUCGUUUAUUCAUUUAGCUUUUCCGGCUUCAGAUGGUGUUGGAUUCGGUUUCUUUGGUGUUCUGUAAGUCUAUACAGGCACUUUUGUUGAGUUGUUCGUGGAUAUCGACUAAAUGAAUUUUAUUUCUGUAGUCUUUGUAAUAUGACUUGGGUACAAGCUGCUCAAAAGCUUCAGUGCUGGGAGGAUUAACUGUUUAAACCGCCUUCUCAUGCACCAGUUAUACUUCAGUGCUGACUUAAAAGGUAUAUAACGUUUCUUUUGUUUC